AUCACAAUCUUUGUCGAACCACUCCGCUGUACUCCCUUAGAGGCAUACAGAUUCCGACUUCUGAUCACCAUGAGCGGCGUCAACCUCCCCCCGGCUACCCACCGCCAGCGCGCUCCCCCGCAGGGUGAGCUCGAAGCUGCCUCAACACUCAAGCUCGGCGCGGACCAGAACACGCACACGUUAUCGCUGUCCGAAGCCCGUCUGGUUAUUGACAAGGUUCUUGAGAACAAGCGGAGGGGAGGGAAGAAAUAUGAGGAACCGGAGAACCUCAUAAAAACGCUGGAGUACCUCUCACUUUUUGCCCGAUUCAAAGACGAGGAGAAUAUCAAGGCAGUUGAGCGACUGUUGAACUCGCAUACGGAGUUGGAGAUGUUCGAGAGGUCACAGCUCGGAAGUUUAUGCUGCGAUAACGCCGAUGAAGCGAAAUCGCUUAUCCCCAGUCUGCAGAAUAAAAUUUCUGAUGGGGAGCUGCAGGAAUUGCUGGACGAGUUGACGAAGCUGAGAAACUUCACAGAGUAGUUGAUUGGUCUUUUUCUCUUCCAGACUAGCCCUGCUCUGUCUAUUACCAGUGCCUGGGCGGUGAUGUGAUAUGGUUUCAUAGCAUGGAGUUAGGAGUUACGCGUAUCAAGGGCCGAAAACCACCAAACCUACCUUUGAAAGGCUUGAAAGCUUGAGAUGGAUCGUAAUCUGGACACAGAUCGUUAUUGGACACAGAUCGUUAUUGGACACAGAUCGUUAUUGGACACAGAUCGUAAUUUGGACACGGAGCCAUUGAAUGAUGCCAGAAGCUAGAUAUCUAGCCUCGUUCAGGUAUACCUGCAUCUGAACAGUUCGACGAUCAACAUCCAGGAUCGCCUGAUUAUCAGUAAUCAGCGCUUACAGAAUCGUGUGUUGCAGAUUGAGCUCGUUAUAAUUAGAAGCGAUCAUGCAUAUAUGCUGGGCUUGGAUUAUAGUAUGAGGCUGG